CAGUUCGACUCGAUUAGUGACCGCGUCAAGGUCGAGUCGCGUGCAUAUAUAAAUCGAAUGUGAAUUUUUGUCUAACAGAACCAUAUAAAUUCUCGUAUGAUUAUUGCAUUUUAGUGUUAUUUCCCGCUAUGAUAUCAACUCAAAGAUCUCUGGGAUUUCUGCUCAUCGCAGCGCUGCUGCAGCGCACAGUUUACACACAACAAAAUUGCCGCAAUCCAAAUCAAAAUGCUGGCAUCUGCAUAUCGAUCUACGAUUGUCCCAGCCUGCUGAACGUGCUGCAGCAGAUCUUGCUGAGCAGCGAUGAGCGCCUGUUCCUGCGGGAUUCCCAGUGCGAGAAUGGAUUCGGUCGUCGGCCAUUUGUGUGCUGCACGCCUGAUACAAACUACGCGAAUCGCCAGACAACAACAACAACAACAACCACAACAAGAAGGCCGCAGACCACGCCCACUAAUAGAGAAGGCGGACAGUCGGGCGGCAACCUGCUGCCACAUGCUCCUGCGUGCGGCCCGAACUCGUUCCUCGACCGGGUCUACAACGGCAACGAUACGGCCUUAGAUGACUUUGUGUGGAUGGCAUUGCUUGAGUAUAGAAGUCGCGAUGGCCAAAGACUUCUCAACUGUGGCGGCAGCUUGAUCAACAAUCGCUAUAUCCUAACCGCUGCCCACUGCGUCACGGGCGCAAUCGAGACCGAAGUGGGACAACUCAACCGUGUGCGCCUGGGCGAAUAUGAUCUCAGCAAGGAGGUGGACUGCGUGAAGGGCGUCUGCAAUAAGCCCGUUCUGGAGGUUGGCGUCGAGGAGGUCAUUGUGCAUCCGCAAUACGAUGGCAACAGUCGGGAUCGUCAUCACGACAUUGCGCUUAUACGUCUGAGUACACCUGUCGAGCUCAAUGAGUACAUCCAACCAGUUUGUCUGCCCUUGGCCAACGCUCGAGCUGCCAUCAACAACCAGGAGCUGCUGGUUGUCAGCGGCUGGGGACGCACGCUACUCACGCGUCAAAGUAAUAUUAAGCAACGUCUGGAUGUGCCCGUUGCUGAUCCCAAUUACUGUGCGGAGAAAUUCGCCACUCGGCGAAUUAAUGUGAUCAGCUCGCAACUAUGCGCAGGCGGCGACUUCUCGCGAGACAGCUGCGACGGCGAUUCUGGUGGACCUCUGAUGCGUUACAGGGAGGCGUGGUAUCUGGAGGGCGUCGUCUCGUUUGGCAAUCGCUGCGGACUGGAGGGCUGGCCGGGCGUCUAUACCCGGGUGUCGGAAUAUAUUGACUGGAUCGAGGGCGCAAUACGUGCGUGAGGCGUUGCAAUGGAGUGCAGUUUGAGGGCAACCUAAAAUUAAGUUUUAAUUAAAGAGCGAGCGGUGUGAACUUAAGCAAAA